AAAGCAAUAUUUUUAUUGCUGAUAUCUCAAUUUAAAAAUGGAUUCCGAAUCUGACGAUAAUCCAAAUGACCCAGAAGAUCGCAAAAAAUGGGGACACAAGGAUGUGGAGCACUGGAGAGCUGUGUCCAAUGUACAUUAUUAUGCGAGAGAAGGCUAUUUUGGCACAGCAAUUCUUGUGUGCGACGGGCGGUUGGCUACCAUAAAAGAUCCUGCACUUGCAAUUCUGAAAGGUGUCUGUCUCACUCUUCUGGGAAAGAUUCCAGAUGCAAUUCGUCAUUUGGAAACUUUUGUGACUGAUAACGAUGUUGCUCUGGGAGCCCUGCAUGCGUUGAAAUGGGCUCAUGCAAGUGCUUUUAACCCAGAUAACAAAUCUAUCGUGGAAAUCGAGACAGAAAUUUCAACGCGGGCUAGAAAUGAGAAGACUCCUUACACUUCGUAUGCUACUGCCUCUGAGGUACUCUACUUUGCCGGGGAGUACCAAAAAUCCAAGCAAAUGUUGGAUAUUGCAAGAAAAAGAGCAACGGAGAAGCAUGCUAAACAUUAUUGUCUAUUGGGAUGGAUUGAAUUGGCAUUGGGGAAGAAACAGAAAUCAACACAAGAACUAUUUGAGAAAGCUGGGGGACAGGAGUAUCCCGAUGGAAAUAUUGGACGAUGCAAAAUCCUUGAAGGUCAUCAUUCUGCUCCUGAAAUGAAAGUAGCUGCAAAUGAACUCGCUAUUUCUACCAUUCACUUUUUACCAGGACACAUUGAAAAAGCAAAAGCAUCGAUUAUGAUGAAAGACUGGAGAGGAGUUAUGGAUUGUAUAAUGAAUGCGGAUCAACCAGAAGGAAGUAAUCCUUAUAUUGAAGUACUUCGAACUGUUCAUGGAAUAUGUUAUGCUGGGGAAGUAUCAAUGUUGAAAAGAACACUUCAAUUAUUAUUGAAGAGUUUGGAUGAAAAUGAAGCAACAAAUCAUGUGCUGUAUGCAAGAAUCACUAAACUUCUUGUUUCAAUUAGUGGGAGAGAUGAGAAAAUAUUAAGACAUGCAAGAGACUUUCUGACUCGAGCUCUAAAAAUUUCUCGAAAACCUGACUAUGUCGCUCUUUCAAUGAGAAUUGCUUUUGGAUUGGGAGGUGCGAAAGAAGUUUCAACUUUGUCACAGGAGCUUGUCGCAUUAGAUUGUGAAGAUUCAUAUGCAGUAUUAUCAAGUGUCGUGUCAAUGUUAAUGAUCAGUAGGGUAUCUGAUGCAAGAGCUCAGUUUGAUAUUCUACCAUCUGCUCAUCCAAAACUUUUGGAAUCCCCACUUUAUUACCUCAUUGCCUCAGUGCUUGCCAAGCAAAGCAAAGAUAAAUCAUUCGAAAACUUCCGUCAACACAUUGAAAAUUUGGUUGAAAUGCUUCGAAAUCAGCUUCAAUCAUUUCCAUUCGGCCUGGACUAUCUUUCCCUAUUCAGCUCAGAUCUCUUAUAUUCCGCUGUUGAGCAAUGUUUUGAUUUCUACCCUCUUGUACCUAUCAAAGCACCGGAUGAUUGCAUGAAGUUGACUGCGAAAACUCUUCAAAUGAUCUAUGACGUGGCACCAGGACUUGCUCAUUGUACACUACAACUUGCUAGAAACUCGUACCUCUGCUCAAAUACAAAUGCAGCAGAGAAAUGGAUUGAGAAGGUCCUAGACAAGGAUGAUUCAUUGGCAGAUGCUCAUAUUCUGCGAGCUGAAUUGAUUCUGGAUAGAGGUGGAAAGAUCACAGAUGCUGAUGAUGCUCUUGUCACUGGAUUAAAUUUUAAUUUCAAACUUCGAGAGACAUCCUUGUAUCAUCUGAUAAAAUCAAAAACCUUCAAGAAGAGAAAUGAGAAUGACGAGGCAAUCAAGACAUUGAAAAUGGCAUUGCAAAUACCUAGAAAGGAGCCGUCGAAAAAUUUGUUUCAACCGAAGGAAUCAGCGGAUACCCAUAAAAUAUCAGUUCAACUGGAGUUGAUUGAUACUUUGCAGCACAUGAAAAGAAUUCAAGAAGCCGAAACCACUAUGACUGAUGCCCUCGCUGAGUGGGCAGGUCAACCGGAACAAGAUCAGCUUGUCAUUGCUCAGGCCCAGUUGUACCUGACGAAAGGUCACGUGGAACGAGCUCUGGGCAUUUUGAAAAAAAUUCAGCCGGGGCAAUCGAAUUUUCAUUUAUCACGAAUAAAAAUGGCGGAAAUUUAUUUGGAAGAAAAGAAGGAUAAGCGAAUGUUUGCCGCGUGUUACAGAGAACUUCUAAAGGUAGAAGCCACUCCAGGAUCAUAUUCUCUUCUUGGCGAUGCAUUUAUGAAAGUUCAAGAACCAGAAGAUGCUAUUAAUUUUUACGAACAAGCCUUGAAAAUGCAAUCAAAAGAUGUUCAACUCGCUGAAAAAAUCGGUGAAGCUUAUGUAAUGGCUCAUCUCUACUCUAAAGCUGUCAACUUCUACGAGUCCUCAAUGAACAUUUAUAAAGACAAGAACAUGCGUUUGAAACUUGCAAACUUGUUGCUCAAGCUGAGAAAUUUUGAAAAGUGCGAAAAAGUGUUGCGCGCUCCAUUUGAGCGAGAUCCUGAGCCAGUUGGCACAGAGACUAUACAGACUUAUAUUCAAUUUUUGUUGCUUUUAGCAGAAUGUCAUGAAAUGAUGGAUAAUGUUCCUGAAGCGAUGAACGAUUUUGAGAAAGCCAAAUCACUACAUAGUCGCAUUCAAGAUAAAACUCUCACGGCGGCGCUGAAAAAGGAAGGCGCCCGAAUUUGUAAUCUUCAGGCUGAACUUCUCUACAGACGUCGAGAGUUCUCUCAAGCCGUCGACAUUUGCAAACAAGCACUGGCCUACCAUGAAACUGACCUUAAAGCUAAUUUACUGUUAAGCAAAAUAUUUAAGGAGGAAAAUAAAUGGACGUUGGUGUUGCAGCCAUGUCAGACUGUGAUUCAAGUGGAUCCGCAUAACGAUGAAGCUAACUCAAUUCUGGCUGAUUUCUAUUACAUAAGAAGUGAAGCUGCGCAUGCUUCAACAAGCUACACAACACUUCUUAACACUAAUCCUCAACAUUGGCAUGCUCUAUCAAGAGUUGUUGAGCUAUUCUGUCGAAAUGGGGAGCAAAAUGCUGCAGAGAAACAUUUGGAUCGUGCCAAAGAAGUUAACCCUAGAUGCGUAACAGAAUCUGGAUACAAUGUGUGUCGUGGAAGAUUCGAAUGGUAUACAGGAGAUCAAAAUGAGGCACUCCGAUACUAUUCAAGAACAAAGGAUAGUGCUGCUGGAUGGAGAGAAAAAGCGUUGUAUUAUAUGAUUGAUAUUUGUUUGAACCCAGAUAAUGAGAUAAUUAUCGAUGAGAAUAGUGUCGAGAAUCCAGAGACAACAAUUGUGGAAGAAGCUAGUGAACAGCAAAAACUUGCCAAAUAUUACCUCGAUCUACUCGGAAAACUUCCAACCACUGAUCGUUUCCUGCUUGCUCAAAAUUUUAUUCGAAUGCAUACUACUGACAAAUCAGCCAUUCAAGCUGCUCUUGAUGAAUUCAAUCGAAUGGCAUUUAAUGCCGAUCGUUCACAAGUUACUAAUGUUGGAGCAGUUUUCGGAGUUGCAAGAGGUCAUGUCCUGCUUAAACAAGUUCAGAAAGCAAAAACUGUGUUGAAGAUGGUGAAUGGAAGAGUUUGGAAUUUUGAUGAUAGUGAUUAUUUGGAAAAGUGUUGGCUGAUGUUGGCUGAUAUUUACAUUAAUCAAAACAAAAAUGAUCAGGCUGUGACAUUUUUGGAUUUAGUCUUUAAGUAUAACUGUAACUGUUUAAAAGCCUUUGAGCUGUAUGGUUAUAUGCGGGAGAAGGAACAGAAAUAUGUGGAGGCUUAUAAAAUGUACGAGAAAGCAUUUAUGGCUACAAAAGAAAGGAAUCCAGGUUUUGGCUACAAAUUGGCGUUCACCUAUCUCAAGGCAAAGCGGCUAUUUGCUUGCAUUGAAACCUGCCAAAAAGUACUUGAUCUCAAUCCACAGUACCCGAAAAUCAAAAAGGAAAUUAUGGAUAAAGCGAAAGCUCUAAUCAGAACUUGAAAUGUAAAUGGGGAAUACUUUCAUUUGUGAUAAUAAACAAUUUAUUUUUAAAUUGGAAUUUUUUAUUGUCACAGGUUGUAUAAGAAUUAUUCAAAUUUCAGAUCCGUUUUUAUAGUUCAAAAAUUUCUUCCAUUCAAAUAAAUAGCUUUUGAACUUCAUAUUUUUCAAUUGAUUGAUAAG